AUUCUGGGAGAAUAAGGCUGCACACAGCACAACCGUGGCGUGAUCGCGUGAUUGGCUCGAUAAGGUGGAAGAGAUUAGGUGCCAGAAAGAGUCGAAAUCAUGCCUGAAUUUACUCCAUUUGGUGCCCUUAACCCAGCUCUUGCAACGCUCGGAGCUGUGGUUGCAUUCUACGCCGUUUUUCGCCUGGUUACGUCCCUCCUGAACGGUCUGAAGGCAUUCUUUCUGGCUGGACCGCUUGGGCUGAGUGCGAAUGUGAAGAACUACGGAGAUUGGGCAGCUGUUACAGGAGCUACAGAUGGCAUUGGCAAAGCGUACGCUGAGCAGCUGGCAGCGAAAGGAUUGAACAUCAUAUUACUCAGCCGAUCGGAGGAUAAGCUGAAUAAUGUUGCUGCAGAAAUCGAAUCCAAGUACAGCGUGAAAACCAAGACUAUCGCUGUGGACUUCACCGGUGGUGAAGAGAUCUACACUAAAAUCGCCAAGGAGGUCGCAGGUCUUAGUAUCGGUGUCUUGGUCAACAACGUUGGGAUAUCUUACCGCUUCCCAGAGUACUUCCACGAGAUCCCCGACCGACAAAAGAUGCUGAUGAAUAUGUUGAAUCUGAACUGUAUGUCCGUCACACAGAUGACUUCGAUUGUUCUUCCCGGAAUGCUUGACAGGAAGAAAGGCAUUGUGGUCAAUGUGUCGUCUGCGUCCGGCAUGCAACCAAGUCCAUUACUGACGGUGUACUCUGCUACCAAGGCUUACGUUGAUUACUUGACUCGAGCUUUGCAGACGGAAUAUGCCUCCAAGGGGAUCAUCUUCCAGUCCGUCCUGCCAUUCUUCGUUUCCACAAAGAUGAGCAAGAUUCGACGUUCCUCGAUCACCAUUCCGACGCCGACAGCGUUCGUCCGUAGCGCCCUGGCUACUCUCGGCAUUGAGGAUAGGACCAACGGAUGCCUGUCACAUUCUAUACAGGGUUGGGUCGUUGACGUUGCUCCAGCGUGGCUGGUGAACAAAGUCACGGUGUCCAUGCAUCUGGGCAUCCGCAAGAGCGCCCUCCGGAGGCUGGAGCAGAAAAAGGUCAAUUAGACAUUCCUGAAACUCUGGCCUCAUCUGCAGAUUUGGAGACUCCUGGGGUCCAUUGCCUACUUCAGGGACAUCAGAUCUUACAAAAUGAGGCUUAAGUAUAGAGUACAUUAUUUCCAUUUGAUAUGGGAAUUUAAAAGUUUCUGAAUGAUUCUUAAGCAAAGAUUGAAACUGGAAACGAAGCCAUGAUUUCAAAAAUGUCCAUAUACUCUGACUUAUGCAGUGUCUAUAGGUAUAUAGGUAUACAGCACUGGCAUUGUAAACUUGUAUCACUUCACAAUUGUCCACGUAAAUGUAUAGGAUUUGUUCAAGUAACUUUGAGUGGUCAAAUUCUGGCUAGAACGAUAAUGUCAAUGAUUUCCAUUGUUUGGCAGUGAAUGUUUUUUUUUUAAAUAAUAAUUUUGAAGAUUUAACACAUGACUUUCAAGAAGUGAACGUGCUAGUUGUGCACAGAUGCACUUUUCAAAAAACAGCCAAAGAAAUUGUACAAAUUAUCUUUGUAACGUGAUUGGUUGAAUUAAUUUUGGUGGGAAAUACCUUGAUCGAGUCGUGCUUAAGCUGGUAAUUAUGUUUAUCAUGCUUGUCGAUCUAUGUAAGUGUGUUUUCUUUUUAAAAAGUUGAUUGUUUUAUGCCAAUUUUAAAAUUACUGGAUCAUCAGCAAAAGUGUUUGUAUAAUUUUUUCAUGUUUAUAUCGAGAGGAUUUUUCAGGGUUCGUUUCAUUCAUGAAAAUAUUGAAAAAUUGCAACAGCUAAUAAAAUGGUUAUGUUCAGCAAACUAGUGUCCGGUGAAAAAAUGUAAAUGAUUUCUAAAUGUUUAAAAUGACGCUUCAAUCUGCAUAUUUGUGAGGCGUUCUGGCAAAAUGAGGCGAAAUAAUUUUCAUAUUUAUUAAUAUUUGUGAUCUUUGAUACGACUACUGAACGUUUUAAAGAAAGAGUAUAAAAAACUAUGGAAUAAAAAUGUUUUUAAGGGAAAACGUGUUGCAUUUUUCAUUUUCACGAACA